AUGCCUACGAGUAAACAAAAACCUAAGACGACCAAAGCGUCAAAACCCACCAGAAAGAAGCCAAUAGUGACAGAAGGUGUAAGCGUGGUAGAUCUGAUCAGUGCGCAAGAGGACAUAAAGUAUACUCAUAUUAUUGAUAUACCCGCUGAUAAAAAUGAAAAUAGCGAUGAUGUAGAAAUUGAAGACGUGGAGGAUAAGAAAUCGGUCAAGAAGAGAGGUAGGCCAAAAGGUUCAAAAAAUGGUGGUAUUACCAAGAAGACUAAGCCAAUUAAGAUCAAAACCGCUUCACCAUUUAAGAUUGAUAAAAACAAAAUUGUUAGAGUGAGUAAACAUUUAACUUCAGUAAAAGAUAAAUUGGUUAGGAUAUACGGCGAGAACAAGGAUAAAUUGUUGGGUUUAGCAAUACAGAAAGAAAUGUUUGAAACUGCUGUUUUCGACUUCAAGGAAUCCCAACUCGUGGAAUUUCAACUCCCGUUUCAAGAUAUUACCUCCACAAUUAAAUUCGGAGAUUUUAGUGUCGUUAGUAUCUCACGUAAUGAGCUGGACGAAAUUGUACCAUUAAACAAUGAAGAAAUAGAAUUUGACAUUGGGAAGAACCAUUUUGCAACAGUUGCAAAUGAAGCAGUCGAGCUUCCGGUGUUCAACUUUGGUACACGGCAUGGUUUUGUAUUUAAUGCUGGAGGUUUUGUUUCAGAUUCGGCUUGGACCAAAAUUCCAGAUUCAGAUAAGCAAUAUCUUGCCAUUUCAGUCUCAAGCGAUCAAGAUGCUGCGGAUCCUGAUUUGAGAUUAUCAGGAAAACCAGUACCACAUCCGGCACUACUGAAAAUAUACGAACUUAAUAUAGUUAAAGGGACAAUAUCAUUAUUCUACCAGCUUGCGCAUGAUUUUGGAGUUUCUUGGGAUCUUAAAUGGCACCCUGGAUUCAGUAGUAACUCAACACAUAUUGGCGUUUUGACUGGUGUUUUCCAAGAUGGCACUAUAAAAUUUUUGCCAAUUGAAAAGAGCUUCAAAGGCCAAAUUCACCAUUUACACAAUCCAGCGUUAACUAUAGGAGGGAUUGAUUCUGGAAUCACCAGCUUCGAUUUUAGAAGCUCAAACGACAUUGUGUGCGGCUUUCAAAAUGGAUAUUACGGAGAGUAUUCGGUCAGCGACGAUAGGUUCUAUGAAUACAAGCAGCUUUUUGAAUCGUAUGUGAUCUCCACCAUUGUAUUACGAUCCAAUUUUGAGAAUACCCUUAUUUGCAUGAGUGCAGUAGAUGGUAAUUGUUGCAUAUUCGACCCAAAGGAUAUUCGGUUAACGAAAACCUUCGCUACAAGAACUCGUGGAAGUAAUACACUUCCUUUAAUAUAUCUUCCUCAACUAUACACAGUAAUUCGAACCGAUUCUCUAAGUUCAAUUAAGGCGUUCACACCUCGCGCUAUCUUUGUCGACCAUAACAUUUGUCAACACGAUAAUACUGUGAUAUCACUUGGUGCCUCGUCUCUUCACCCCAUGUUAUUAUCUGGAAGCGCUGACGGGAGUGUGGUGUUGAAUAACCUCGUACGAAGAAUGCUUCAAGGUUUGAAGAACAAUACGGACAUUUACAGGUAUAUCAGGUUAUGGAAAUGGGAUUUCAAUGAGGAAAACGGACAAUACACGCUUAAUCCACAAUACAACGUUUAUCAGUUCUCCAAUACAGAAACUUCAAAUGUUAAGCUUGAUUACUCGGGUAUCAAUAUUCAAAGUGUUAAAUGGAUUGAAGAUAUAAGGUAUGGUAAAUGGUACUCGUUUGCUAAUGCAGCAGGAUUUGUUGUAAUAGAGAAAUUAGGUAGUUAA